GAUCUCGCUAUAGCUCCCGCUGGAAUGUUGGCCGUCAAUGAUUUCGCAAUGGAGCUCUUCAAACGAACAGUAUAUACUGGUUACACUCGCGUCGCUCGCAGUCAUAUGGAUAUUCCAUUGCUUAUUUGUGGAGAAUGGAGGAACGCAGAGACGGACGUGUGGAUACUUGACCGCCAGCAAAACAACAUUGUCCUCCUUCGUAUAUCUGGAUCUGGAGAACCUUUAAACCCAGAAGUGCAGCUCGUCGCAAACGCAAUCACUGCGUUCGAUCAAAACAAUCGUAUCCGAGGGGCAGAGGCUAGUAUCGACUCCAAGGUUGUACCCGGUAACAUCAUGGUCAACACAUCCUCCACGUUUUCAAAAUCUCUAUGACCUUCGCCCUUGUUCACAGCGUGCGUCACGGUCUCUUCCCUCCCGAGCCUAUCAUCGUUUCUGCCCACAUACCGUAGGCCAUAUCGGAAGGGAAUGAAAUCGCUGGACACUAGGAUGGAAAUUCUUCAAUGUUACGAGGCAUUCAAGGCCAUCGUUGGACUGUCAUUUUCUGCGCAGAUUCUAGUCAAGCAACGUGAUGUUUAUUUAAUAAACGGAGAUGAACCGCCACCUGUGGACGAACAGUGGGAAAACCCGUGCAUUUUAGAAAUGGGUGUCUACCAGGUUU